AUGGAUAUUACUACGGAUAGAAAUAAUACAUCCAUAAAUACAAAUAAAUGGCGAUGUCAAUAUUGUACAUGUCUCAAUCCAGUUUCAGUGCAUCCUCUAUGUGCAACAUGUUAUAAAUUGGAUUCUUCAUCAGCUAAGCAUAAAAACAUUAAUAAUUCAUCGAAUCUCAUUAAUACAGAUAAAUCAUCAUCAACAACAUCGAUUUCACUUAGUGUUUGUCAUCGAAGAUAUAAUGAUGAAAUUAAUGCUGAAAAACUGUUUCGUCAUAUUAAAUCAUAUUGUCGAAAAGCUCGAAUAGAUUUUGUUGAUGAUCAAUUUCCUCCAUCCUCUCGUUCUAUUGGUAAUAUUGAUCAUUCAUUUCAAUGGUUAAGAAUAUCUGACAUAACUUCAUCAUUACCAGAAGAUCGUCUUUUCGAAUGGACUGUUUAUUCAUCACCAGAACCAAGUGAUAUUCAACAAGGUGCACUGGGUGAUUGUUGGCUGUUGGCUGCAUUAGCUUUAGUUACUGAACGACCAAAAAUGCUUGACCAUAUUGUAUUAACUAAAGAAGUUAAUACACAAGGUGUUUAUCUCAUACGUUUAUGCUAUCAUGGUUUAUGGAAAACAAUUGUAAUUGAUGAUUGUUUUCCAUGUACAAGACACAAUCAAUUAGCAUAUUCAAAAGCAAAUCGUCGUCAAUUAUAUGUUCCAUUAAUUGAAAAAGCAUGUGCAAAACUAUUUGGUUCAUAUGCAGAUUUAAUUGCUGGAAAAACCGAAGAAGGUCUACAAUUAUUAACAGGUGCUCCAUCUGAUUAUAUUAAUCUUAAUCCACAUGAUGAUAUACUUGAUAGUAAUAUUGCUUGGGCAAAACUUUUAUCUGCUUGUGAAGCUCAUUUAUUAAUCGGUGCAGAAACUGGUCGUACAGAUGUAAAUGCAGAAGAAUAUAACCGCGUACAUAUUCAGAGUCAUCAUGCAUUUUCCAUACUUGCUGCAUGUUCUAUACCAAAAAUCUCUAUGCAAUUUGUACUUGUUCGAGAUCCACAUGCUCAGAUAAAUUAUAGAGAAAAAAUAAUAACAUCAUCUAUUAUUGCUCAAUUGAAUUCUAUGAUUUCAUUUUGUUUACCAUCUGGUGCUUUUUGGAUUUCAUGGCCUGUAUUUCUUCAAUUUUUUAAUUCUAUUACAAUAUCAUCAUAUGCUAGUGAUUAUUAUGAUAUACGUGAAGUAGCUAAAUUUACUCAAUCAUCAACAGAACCAAUUCCAACAUUUCAUUUUCAUGUACCCAAAACAUCAAUAGUUGAUAUUAGUUUACUUUAUCAUCGUGAAACACGUCAAUCUAUUAUUCAUCAUACACAAUCAUUUGUUUUAUGUAAUGUUGACGAUGGACGAUCCGGAGAUCUUGGUACACAGGUGGCUAUAUUAGAAACAACUCGUGGAGCAUUUACACGUUGGACUGGUUCAUUAAGUCCUGGUAAUUAUGUACUGGUUCCAUUUUCUACUAGUUUUUGGAAUGAAAAAAUUAGUGAAUCUAUAAGAGAUUAUACACUUGUUAUAUAUUCGACAAUUCAAAUUAAUGCAUAUGUUGUAAAUGAACCAGCAACAGUUUUAGCUGAUUGUUUAAUUGCAAGUGUUCCAAAAGAAAAAUUUUAUAAAUCUAACCACAAAGAUUUCAAGUAUUAUGCAACCUCAGGAAAAUCUAAAUUUGUGAUGUUUAUUGCAGAAAAUUUAUCAUUUUCUAAUUAUUUAAAUAUAGAUAUUGAUAUGAAUGAUUCAACAUAUAUACGUAAUUCUCGUCAAUCAUAUAUAACUCAUGAUUGUAUUCCACCACGUCAAAGACAAAUUAUAUUUCUUACUGAAUGGACUAAUGAACACGAUCAAACAGCUAAGAUGAAUUAUGUAUAUGAAACCUCAUUUAUAAAACAAUCAAAUGAUUCAGUACCAGAAAUUAAUAUUGAUGAAAAUGAUUUUCAUUCAUUUCGAAACUUUUAA